AUGUCUAAUCGACCGGACAAGCUCGACAACCCCGGCAAGUUCAAGCUAGGCGAUAAUAUCCAUUUCGAAGUAUCGCCAUCUAAUGAAAAUUCGUGCACUACAAGUAACAAUGUGCAUAGAAAUUCAAAGCUUCACAGCGUUGCCAAUAAUCAGCAGCAGCAGCAGCAGCAGCAGAAACAAUUGAACUCGCAUGAUGCUGAAGGGAAGAACAGGAAGAAGAAGAGGGGCAAACCGGCUCCCAAGAUCACCACUGCCCAGGCCUUUUUGAACAAUCCCGACGACGACUACCCUGCUUCUCGUGUCAUCAAACAGGCACCGAAUGGGGAUGUUGUCGUUGAAAGUCUCGAGGACGUGGGUGAAGACGAUGUCCUCCAUGGACACGGACACGGCGAGGGCGAGGAAAACUCGCCCCACCACUGGAGCCAUGAUCACUUCAACGGCCACGAGGGACACCUCCAUAGCCACAACGGCAACCACAACCAUCACCACUCGCGCGCUCUUCAUCCCAGCGGUAACCCCCUGGGCCAGCAUGUCUCCUCAGACGACCUAAAGUUGAGGAGAAGCAGCCAGGAGGCACACAAUAACCUAUGGGAAAGCUCGUCCCUUGAAGAGCAAGAGAGAUUGAAGGAAUUCUGGGAAUCGCUCGAAGAAACUCAGAAGUUGGACUUGGUCAAGAUCGAUAAGCAGUCGAUCAUGAAGAUGUUCAAAAAUGAAACAAGGCAGCAUUUGCAGCAGCUACUGCAAAACGGAGCUCUGAAUAGCAGCAUAAGCAAUAGCCCUGCAGGUGGCUCCAACAGCUGUGCUUGUAAAUAUUGUGGCAGAAGAAACAAUAUCAUUGAAGAAGAGUUGGAAAGGAUUUAUGAUGAUCAUUUUGAUGACAUUAUCGAUUUCAUCCACGAGGUUCGAGAUAUCAAUGAUUUAAAUGCGUUGCCAGGCCUCCUUUUCGGAGGUUUCCAUAUGCUAGAAGAAGAGCGAAGAUUGCAGAAGCGGAAACAACUACAGAGCGAAGGUUUGGAGUUGUCAAAGAAUCCCACGAUUCAUACCCAAGCUCACAUUGACGAAAUCAGGGUGCAGAUGGAAAAGUUGAAAAUGGGCCACAGGCAAGCCCAAUGUCAAAGUCAACCAGAUGCUCUCCUACCUCAAGCCAAGGCAACUGCAACUGUUAAUGUCGGAAAUAAUAUAAAACCCACGUCCACAAACACGAAACCACAAUCCUCGCAAGUGCAAAUCACAUCGUCCUCGACAACGACGACGACGUCAUCCCAAUCACAAUCAUCCUCACAGUCGUCGUCGUCGUCGUCGUCGUCAUCAUCGUCAUCAUCAUCAACUUCAGCACCAGCAUCAGUACCAGUACCAGUACCAGCGCCAGCAGCGGCACCGGCACCGGCACCGGCGCAGAAUGCCAAUGUCAAUGUGAAUGCACAAAAGCAGCACCCCACGGUUCUGAUAAGCGCCACAUUUCUGAGCUCAAACCCGGCAGAGACGCAAUUAUUCAAUAAACUACUCGAUCCAAAGUUGUUUGAAGCAUUGGAAAGUUUGGAUUUGCAGAAAAUGAAGGAAGUGGCGCAUUUUGACCCCAAGAAUGCAGCUCAUAUUAAUAUGUUGGAGAAGGCAGGGUCAUUGAGAGAAAUUGUGCGGGACUUGCACAAUGUUGAUAGGAACCAUUUGGAGAAGGGCGUGUCUUAUGUUCAAAACAUGGGUAAAUUGUUCACCAACAUUGCCAACUUGAAUCCCAAUGAUCCUGAAGAUGCCGAAAAGAUUAUGGCUGGGCAAUUGAACGAGCAGUUUAACCAAGGGCUCUCGACUUUUGCCGAGGAUUUGUUGAAAAAUGAUGGCAACUCCUUCAUCAGUAUGAUGGAAGCCCUCUCGGAGUCGAGAUCAGCUCGUGAAGAGCUUUUGAAAGAAAAGCCACAAGCGAAUGGCUCGAUAAAGGAAUUGCCUUUGCAGACGUCUUCGGAUAACUGGAUUGACGAAGAUGAUGAGCAUGACCACAAGCAUUACUAUUGCCACCAUCAUCCUCAUCAUAACCACCACCAACAACAACAACACCACCAGCAACAACAUCACCAACAGCACCACCAUUGUCAUCAUCAUCACCAUUGUCCUCAUCGUCAUCAUGGUGAUGGUGAUGACGACUAUGACGACGACGAAGAAUACGGCGACGUGGAUGAUUACGACUACGACGACGAAAACGAAGAAGAUGAUGAUGAGGAAGAUGAGGAAGAUGAUGAUGCAGAUGACGAGGAAGACGAUGAUGAUGAAGAUGAAGAUGAUUUGGACGACGACGACGACGAUGAUGAUGAUCUUGACGAUAAAGAUGUAAGUGACACGGAGUCCGAGAUAUCUGAAGAAGAGAAAAUGCAAGAAAUCCGAAGAUUGUUUUUGAUCCAGGUCAUCAAAUUGUUCCAGGAAAGGUUAAAGAGCGCCUACAAGGAAAAAGUCUCCGUCGAUAACCAGAGAAAGCUUUUUGAAGAGUUGGAAGCCGAAGAAAUGGCCAAGAAGGAACGAGAAGCAAAGAAAUUGAAACAAAAGGAGAAAUUGAAGGAGAAAAAGAGACUUCAACAGUUGGCCAAGGAGCAGGAGAAGAAGAGAAAAGAGGAAGAGGCGCAACGAAUUGCUAACGAGUUGGAGGCCAAGCAAGAGCAACUUCGAGCAGAGCAAAAGAAGAAGCGAGAGGAAGCAAAAUUGAAACGCGAGGAGGAGAAACGGAAAAAAUUUGAGGAAGCCAAACGAAAGGAGGCCGAGCAUAAGCGUAAAGUGGAGGAGCAAAUGAAGUAUGAUGAAGAACAGAGAAGGAUCAAGGAAGAGCGCCGCAAGGAGUUGGAAGAAAAGAAGAAGCAAAAGGAGGAAGAAAAGAGGCAGAAGGAGUUGUUGAAGAAACGAAAGGAGGAGGAGAGGGAAAGGCUCCGCGUUGCGCGUGAAAAGCAGUUGAAGGAACAACAAGAGGCAGCAGCCAAGAGUUUGCAGCAUCAAAGCAGCAGCGGCAGCAGCAACAGUAGUAACAGUCAUCAACAUCAUUCUCAACAAUAUCAACAACAUCAACAACAUCCUCAACAAUAUCAACAACAUCAACAACAUCCUCAACAACAUCAGCAAAAUCCUCACCCUCGUCAUACGACGAAAGCUGAAGUUGAUGAACCGAAGGAACUCCAUAGACAGAUUCCAGAAGAGAUCAAAUUCAACAACUCCAACGGCAGCGUUAGCUCUUUGAUCCACUUGUAUCAAAGACCAGGCUCCAUAUCAACUUCCUCGUCCUCGGCUGCACUUUCCAUGAGUACUCAUGCGCCACCGAUGGUGGUACCGGCUCAAUCUUCUCAGCAGCCAUCUCAGCCAUCUCAGCUGUUUAGCGCUGAGCCAUUUGUUCCUUCCAACUUUACAAAUACUUCUUCAGCUUCUCCGCAUACUGCCACGAGCAACUUGAUGAAUGGCACUGUUCCCAUUAGUGCUGGACUUGGUAAUAAUAACUUGGGAUUAGCAGGCACUACUAGCAACUCGCCCUGGGGUGUCAAGCCGUCUAUAAACUCCAUGCCAAACUCGGCAGGUCAACCUUUCUUGGCGAAUCCAGGGGUGCAAACUGUACCCCUGCAAUCGAGCAGCGUUCCCCAGCAGUCGUUUCAACAGCAAAGCUACUUCAGUCCAUUCAAGCCUCUCUCAGAGCCCUCGGUGGUUAGUGAUUCGUUCCCCGUUGCUCCUGUUAGCACCAGCACAAAUAUCUGGAACAAUAUCUCCGGAGGUGCAACCACCCCCGCUGCUAUCACUAGAACCAACUCCCUCUGGGGAAAUAGCGUUGCUGUCAAACCAAGCGAGCCGUCCUUUUUAAAUUCAAGCUCAAACACUAAUCUUAAUACUAAUACUAUUGCCAACACCAACGCUAAUGCUAAUAAUAACAAUAAUAGUAGUAGCAGUGUUUGGGGAAGUACCGGUAAUUUGACUAGUGACGGGCACAGUGACUCUGCUAUGGGUUCCAGCUUUGUGCCAAAGACCAGUGGGCAGAGCGAAUUGGAGUUGAUACAAUCCACCACCUACAAUUGCUUCCAAAUGAUGCAAGCAUCGAAUCAGUUGGAGUACAAUGUUGCGCCUUUGAUGAGUAUUUUCACAAACGUGAGGUCUUUUGUCAACAUGCCGCAUUUGUCGGUGAAUCAAUUCCUUAGCUGCUGUUACUCCAACUCAGUGUACCAGUUUGAAUUUGUCUACGAUGAUUUCGGCACAGUGACUCAUUUGAAAGUUGCUUUGAAUAACAACAAUAAUGUUAAUAGUGUUAAUGGUGUGGCAAGAACCACACCACCAACACCGCAGCAAAUGGUUGGAUCGGCCAACUCGACCAUGAUUGGGAUCUUGCCCCAGCAGCAGCAGCAACAACAGCAGCAACAGCAGAAGCAAGCUUUUGCUCAACAAGGUUUGCAGAGCAACGGAUUCGCUACACAGGGUUCAUUUGGUCCGACGAGCAAUACCGCGCCUGCUUUUGCAAGGGCUUCGCCGCCCGGAUUGCUUAAUGAAUCUCAAUUGUUGAGCACUAUCAAUGAGUUGAACUCCGGUCAACUAUCCAGCAAUGGGUUUGGAUCAGGAAUUUGGAAUUGA